AUGUUAGUAGCGGGAGAUGAAGACAUUACUCAGCAGCUAGGUGCUCAUAAGGAAAACAAGAGAUCGAAUACGCUGCUUGUUAUGAACUAUGUGCUAAACGCGCUGCAUAGCUCCCGCAAGGUAAACAUUAGAAGCAUCUACUACCAGAAUGUCAAUGCAUUCAAGAAGCAAUCCAAUGUUGAGGAAAUACUACAGCGAAUUAGCCAUGUAUUGGGUAUUCGCAGGGAAAGCCUCAACGUCAGAGCAUCGCACAAAGGAUUAUUUCUAUCCUCAGCUCUGUCUAUACAGCUAUGCAAUGGGAAUGUCUUAAACGGAAGUGACUCAGUCGCAAACUUCAUACCUACAAUGGAGGAUAUACACCAGGUAGACGUUUCUCAAGUCGCUUUCGUUCUCGUCGUUGAAAAAGAGACCGUUUUUUCAACACUGCGAGAAAUACGGUUCACGUGCUCAUCUGUUCAUGGUCCAACUAUACUAUUGACGGGAAAAGGUUAUCCUGAUUUUGCUACACGAGAUAUACUCAGCCAUUUGGCAAAAAUUCUUCCAGCGAGCAUACCAUUCAUUGCGCUGGUUGAUUCUGACCCUCACGGUCUGCAUAUAUUCUUCACUUAUAAAUUUGGAAGUGACAGGCAAUCAGAACAACACAGAAGCUCUAGAUGCUCACGAUUAAUGCUAUUAGGCCUGCGUUGUGAGGAGUUUGAUUUUUUGUCUAUUCCACCAGACCAAAGUUUGAGGCUAUCGGAUAAAGAUAAUUCGAUCUGCAGCAAAAUGGAACAGACACUCGAUCUGAGACAAUAUUCAUCAAGAGACGAUCCCUGCGAAGGGAUAAGUCUGGACAACUUACGCAACGAAAUUAAGAUAAUGAAAAGUCACAACAUAAAAUGGGAAAUAGAGGCGUUGUAUAAUGCUUCAUCUUCCCAUAUCGCGGACACGUUUUAUGGUAAAUGCCUCGAGAGGUACAUUGACAACAAAAUGAGCAUGUAUUUUGAUCAACAGGCUGUUCUCAGGAUAGGGGAAGGCUAUGAAUCUCUACUCAUAGCACCAGAGAAGACGUUGAACGGCAUCUCACACUUGGACACCAUGAACAUAGGAAAUGAAAAUGAAGAUAUUUUGUUGGUUAGCGACUGUGAUGAGGACGAGCUUCUACUGGGGUAA